CACAGUCAGUCGUCUCUGCGAUUUAGGAGCGCGAGGGAGUAGAGACGCCGGAGCGUUCUUGGAGGCUUUGUAUCUAAAGGAAAGGUCAGGAGACAACUUGAUUUUUCUUGACGGAGAACCGGUAAGAGCGAGAAGCUUUCUUCACUGUUCGGUUGAUUCUGGUUUAUUCUAGGAUGAUAAAGAGAGCAAGUAUUGAUCAAUAUUCGGUCUCGACGUUCUAGUUUAAUUAGGGUUUUGUACUUUUGUUUACUUCUGCACAUUUGGAUUGCAUCAGCAAUACAAGAUCUUGAUCUGAAUAGUAAAGUUGGAAUUUUUCUCCUGAUAUCAGCGUACCUUUUUUGGUUUCUUCGCCUGCAUUCUUCUUAUUUGUGGAAUAUUGUCGACCUUGUUGCCGCUUCCAUCUUGUAAUCUUCUCGAGUCUAUACGUGAGAAUUUGCGUGAUUCUUUCUCAUUUGAUUUUUUGCUGGGCUACUAGUUUUUGGGUCUUUGUGAAUGUAAGUUUCAUGAGUAUGUGUUAACCUUGUAUCUCGAAGUUAUCUUUUCUCCAUAUAUAUAUGUUUCCAACUAUUUACCUCAGAGGACAACCUGGUAAAAAUUUUGCUUGUGGAUUCUGUAGGCAUUAUCGUAAUUUAAACACUAUCAAUAUGGAGCGUUCUCUUUUGGAGAUUAUAAUCAACAAUCAGGCCGGAAGUGACGAAUCCAUCUUUGCUUUGAUGAAAUUUGCUGUUCUACCAAUAGCAAAAGUGUUUACCAUGUGCUUUAUGGGUGUGCUAAUGGCCUCCAAGUACGUCAACAUUCUUCCUGCAAAUGGACGAAAGCUUCUCAAUGGCCUUGUCUUUUCUCUUCUCCUUCCAUGCUUAAUUUUUUCUCAACUUGGGCGUGCAAUCACUUGGCAAAAGCUACUAGAGUGGUGGUUCAUUCCUUUUAAUAUAAUUCUAUCUACCAUAUUUGGAUCUCUUGUGGGUUUCAUUGUUGCUUCCAUUGUUCAGCCACCAUAUCCUUACUUCAAGUUCACCAUCAUUCACAUUGGAAUUGGAAACAUAGGGAAUAUACCUCUUGUUUUGAUUGCUGCUCUAUGUCAGGACAAAUCAAAUCCAUUUGGUGAUUCUGCCAAAUGUAGCCAAGAUGGAAAUGCAUACAUAUCAUUUGGCCAGUGGGUUGGUGCAAUAGUCUUGUAUACCUAUGUUUUUCAGAUGCUUGCACCGCCACCGGGUCAAACCUUUGAUGGGGCAGAAGAGGCAAAGCUUCCAACUAACCAUCCUUUGGAGAACUCUGAAACUGAGAAAGUUCCAUUGCUAACUUCAAGAGAGGCCGAAUCUACUGGACUUGAAUCUCCAAAACAAGGAAAAAUAAUUGUCACUCUAUGCUAUCUUGUGGAAAAGCUAAAGCUCAAGCAAGUUUUUCAGCCUCCCAUUAUUGCUUCAGCUCUGGCAAUUCUCAUUGGCACUAUACCAUUUUUGAAGAACUUCAUCCUGACUGAUGAUGCCCCGCUAUUCUUCUUCACCGACAGUUGUCUUAUUCUUGGCGAAGCAAUGAUACCGUGUAUUUUGCUUGCUUUGGGUGGAAAUCUCGUGGAGGGCCCUGGUGCAGGCAGUAAAAGACUGGGUUUACGAACAAUCGCCGCUAUCAUAUUCGGAAGAUUGGUUUUGGUUCCUUCUACAGGACUCGGCAUCAUCACUAUUGCAGACAAGCUUGGUCUUUUUCCCAAGGGUGACAAAAUGUUCAAAUUUGUUCUGCUGCUGCAGCACACAAUGCCCACGUCUGUCCUUUCUGGUGCAGUUGCUAGUUUAAGAGGCUGCGGGAAGGAAGCAGCUUCUAUUCUAUUUUGGGUUCACAUCUUCGCUGUCUUUUCCAUGGCUGGAUGGAUUGCUUUUUAUGUUCAUAUGCUUUUUGGAAAUCAGACAGUGUCCCUUUAAUGUGACUGAUGUAAAUAUUUGCUCGUCUGAGUGACUAUCAAUAACUCAUCAUCUGCAAAAAAAAAAAAACUGGUCUUCGAUGCCAUUGCCACUGUAUCAAAAAGCUUUCUUAGCUGUUUAUUCUUCUUCUUUAGCUGAUAGUCCCAUAGUCACUGGGAUCUCGCCGCCUCUGGCGAAGAGUCAGCCUGCCCCUCAUGAGAGUUUCAGAUCAAGCACCUGCUCGCCCAGUGACCAAUUCCAUUUUUCAGUUAUACUAUGAACAAAGUCUGUACAUCUGUGUCAGUCAACCAUUGUUAAUCUUUGUAACAAUUAAAUUAUUUUAGAUUAAGUUGGAACAAUUUCACUUUCA